AUGAUUAUUCUUAAUACACGCUUUGUAAGAUAUACAAGGGCGUUAGUUAUGUUCUUAAUCGCCCUCAUAUUUUUAAUCCCGCUUGUCACGGCUGAUUCUACGCAGCCAUCUCUACAAGAUGUCAUUGAACGACUAAUGGUGGUUGAAAAUAGGCUAAAGGAAAGCGAAGAGCUGAUUAAGAAACAGGAAAUAAGGAUUAACAACCAGGACGUACAGAUAAACAAUCAACAACUUAAGAUAAACGCUUUAGUGGAGGAAGUCGCCGGUCUUAAAGCCGUCAUUGGUACCAACAGGAUUAAACUCACUUCCAACAAUCGAGAGAUAAAAGGACUUCGGAGACAGGUCUAUGUCGGAAAUGAAAAGAAUGGCAAGAAGAAGAAACAUUUGACAGAAAGUAGAAUAAAUUCAUUUGCAAGGGGCAACAGUGGUAUUUCGGGAAAAUUUCCAAGACAAACAGUUGGAGGCGGAAUCGCAUUCACAGCGUUCUUGGACCAUGAUGGUGAUUAUGGAGCUGGUCAAACCAUUACAUUUAACAAGAUUAUCACCAACGACGGAAACGGCUAUAACACACAUACCGGUGUAUUCACCUGCCCCGAGGAAGGAAUGUAUUUAUUUACUUUCUUUGUUGGUGAAAGAGGUGAAAUGGAUGGUGUCACACAAAUCUGGGCAGACCUGGUAAUAAACAGCAAUAACGUAAUUGACGCAUUUGCAGAGACAAGACAAUUUCAGGAGGAUGCCCAAGGCGGCAAUACCGUGGUCAUCAGGUUAAAACUGGGUGAUUCGGUUUGGGUAAGAAGCAGAUUCGCCGGUCACCACAUCGAGGGCGAUCAAACACGCACUACUUCAUUUACUGGUUUAUACUUGUAUCCGUGAAAUCUGAAUGGAGGAAAACUGAAUUAAAAAGGGCGAUUCAAUA